GUGCCUUUAAAUACCCCGCCCCCCUCAAUUUCUUCGGAGACUGUUGGGAGCUUCGUUUUCUCCUUUGGAAAUGUUUUUAGGCCUUUAGUUUACAAUGUUAGGCCAGGUAAACCCUUCGCUGCAGCAGGUAGUAGGCCCAACGUAGCUGCUUCCAUCAGUUGGUCUCCGACACCAGCGCCAAACUACACACACCUCCUGGAAUCCUGGGCCAACUCGGCGGCUCCUCCCAAAGCUCCUCUCUUGGCCCCUUGCGGGAGCUUCUUUCUCACUGUCUAGCGUCUCCCUCUGGUGGAUUUCCUGUCCUUUCAACCAGACUUUUGCAUGCAUUUCGUUCUGAACCGGCACCAGAAGUCGAACAGUGAAGUGGCUCUUUUAUAGGUGUGUGUAUUGUCUUCUUAGCACAGUUGUCACUGGUCGUCCUGGAGUUGCCCCUCGUGAAGAAUCAUCUGAGCACGUUUCUCACUCCUGUAAGUAGAUCCGGAAGCUGAGCGAAGCCUGCGUGACCGAGCCUGGCGGUGCAAGCUUGCGGAACCUUCAUCGACGAGGUCGGCGCUGCGAAGGGAACUAGUCUAGGGCGGGACGAGAGGCUUUUGUAGCCCAGCUGGUUCCGGUUGGGGAAGAUGGCGGUGGCUGGGGCGGCGUACCCGGAGCCGCUAGUACACUGGUGCACACAGCAGUUGCGAAAAACUUUCGCCCUGGAUGUCAGCGAGGAAAUCAUACAAUAUGUUUUGUCAAUUGAGAAUGCUGAAGAAAUACGAGAAUAUGUGACAGACCUUCUCCAGGGAAAUGAGGGCAAAAAGGGUCAAUUCAUAGAAGAUCUUAUAACCAAAUGGCAAAAGAAUGAUCAAGAGUUCAUUUCUGAUUCUUUUCAACAGUGCUUGAAAAAAGAUGAAAUUUUAGAUGGACAGAGAUCAGUGGACCAGCUAAAGCGGAGUAGGAGGAAAGGACGAAACAAACAGGAAGUUCCUGCAUUUCCUGAACCUGACGUAGCUGUGGAGGUCAAAACACCUUUAGAUUUGGCUAAGGCACAAGAAAGCAGCAACUCCGUAAAGAAGAAGACAAGAUUUGUCAAUUUAUAUACUAGAGAGGGACAAGACAAACUUGCAGUCCUGCUUCCUGGUCGUCACCCGUGUGAUUGCCUGGGCCAGAAGCACAAACUCAUCAAUAACUGUCUGGUCUGUGGGCGGAUCGUCUGUGAGCAGGAGGGGUCAGGCCCCUGCUUGUUCUGUGGCUCUUUGGUAUGUACUAAUGAAGAACAGGAUAUUUUACAGCGGGACUCAAACAAAAGUCAAAAACUGCUGAAGAAGCUCAUGUCAGGGGCAGAGACUUCUGGAAAGGUGGAUGUCUCUACCAAGGACCUACUUCCUCAUCAAGAAUCCCGAAUGAAGUCUGGUUUGGAGAAGGCUAUCAAGCAUAAGGAAAAGCUGUUAGAGUUCGACAGAACGAGUAUCCGAAGGACCCAAGUUAUUGACGAUGAAUCAGAUUACUUUGCCAGUGAUUCUAACCAGUGGCUGUCCAAAGUUGAGCGAGAAAUGCUGCAGAAACGAGAGGAGGAGCUGAGAGAACUCCGACAUGCCUCCAGACUUUCUAAGAAAGUGACCAUUGACUUCGCGGGGCGGAAGAUCCUAGAAGAUGAAAAUCCACUAGCAGAGUAUCACAGCAGACUAGAUGAGACAAUACAAGCCAUUACUAGUGGGACUUUGAACCAGUCACUGGUCACGUUGGAUAGAUCUUGUGAAGAGCCUUUGGGAGUUCUGGUAAACCCUAACAUGUACCAGGCCCCUCCUCAGUGGGUUGACAACACUGGCUCAGCCCCACAGCAGAAGACUUCACUCUCGGCAGGACCAAGACUAGAGCUCAGUUUACAUCAGCACCAGCUGCGAAUCCAGGACCAAGAAUUCCAGGAAGGCUUUGAUGGCGGCUGGUGCCUGUCUAUGCAUCAGCCCUGGGCUUCUCUGCUUGUCAGGGGGAUUAAAAGGGUGGAGGGCAGAUCCUGGUAUACUCCUCACAGAGGAAGACUUUGGAUAGCAGCCACAGGCAAAAGGCCUUCCCCUCAAGAAGUCUCAGAACUCCAGGCCACCUAUCGUCUCCUUCGCGGGAAAGAUGUGGAGUUUCCAAAUGACUAUCCGUCGGGUUGUCUUCUGGGCUGUGUGGACCUUAUCGAUUGCUUGUCCCAGAAACAAUUUCAGGAGCAGUUCCCAGACAUCAGUCAAGAGUCUGACUCUUCAUUUGUUUUCAUCUGCAAAAAUCCCCAGGAAAUGGUUGUGAAGUUCCCUAUUAAAGGAAAUCCUAAAAUCUGGAAACUGGAUUCCAAGAUCCAUCAAGGAGCAAAGAAGGGGUUAAUGAAGCAGAAUAAAGCUGUCUGACCCAGGGAAAAAAGGAACUAUACAACAUAGUGGAGUCUUGUGUACUAAAGUGCUAUCCGCUGGGCCUUUGGGAUUGAAGCAGUAGAAAGCGAAAAGGCUGGGCACCAGGCUUCAAUCUCUGAGAAUCUAAACUCUUACCAAAUCUGUGUAUUUUUCUUAAAGGAUGGAAUUCUUUAUGAAGUAGGUUACAAAUCUUUGAAUAUGUUAUUUAUAAAAAAUCAUUUUAAAAAUUCUAGGUCUUUGACAUUUUUCUCAGAACUAAAUUCAAAACAGGAAGGAACAAAUUGGAAAUUAUUUUCCUCAGUGAGAUUUGUAUUUUGAAUUAGGAAAAUCUUAACAGAUUAACAUUUUUACAAGAGACUCUGAAUUUAAUUUUUUUUCUCAAAAUAAUAGAAUGGAGAAUAUUAGGAUGUUUAGGAAUCUUUGUUUAAUAUAAGCCUGUGAUGAAAUGAGGAUGUUCUUACCAAAUGUUCUGCUUUUGACAUCUUGAGACCAGGUCACAUUCUGUGACCCAGGCUUGCCUGGAACUCACAACAAUCCUCCUGCCGAAGCCUCUCAAGUGCUGUGUUUACAGGCCAAUGGCCCCGUGCUCAGCUUCUAACCCAAAUCUCUCAGAGUGGAAAGCUAGAAUUCCCAGUAUCAGCAGAUUUUUUUUCUUUCUUUCUUUCUGGAAAAGGUAACAUGAAGACAUACUUCCUUUUGUUCUUUAGUUUGAGAACAUGGGUUAGUCUGGGAAGUGAGGGAGCUACCUGCUAAUGCAGCCUGAAGCUGCCCUGUUUAUUUUGUUAGUGUUGCAAAAGAGUCAUGUAGAUGGGACAAUUAGAGAAAAACUAGAAAAUACAAUCCUUUGGUAAAUACAUCAGAAAGCCCUCUAAUGCUGAAAACAAGCCCUUUUAAACCUAUAAAUAUCCUAAAAAGCCAUUACUGGAAAAAUAAGGUUGGUUUGAAGUGAGAUUUUUCACUGGUCCCUUUAGCCCUUCUCAGGAAGCAUGUGUUUCUGAGGCUCUUCUAAAGUGCUAUUGGAAUCUCAGUUGCUGGAGCCUAGGAAAUUCAUGGUCUUAAAUGUGUGUGCUCUGCUUUUUAUAAAACACCACUACCACACUGGGGAUGUUGGACUCCCUCCAACAGUUUGUGUGCUUGACUUAAAAAAGAAAGAGCAAGUGAGAAAGAAAAAAAAAGUACCUUGUAUUAUGAAAAAGAUUAAUUUCCCUUUCUUUAAUCCUUCAUAUUCAGCAUUUAUUUGCAUUGAAAUGCCUGCACUCAGUCCACAUUGAUGUUCACUCGACUGUGAACUGCCUGUUGCAUAGCAUUGGUUCUACCGAGGCUGAUCACUCUGGAUUCCCAGGGAAACCCGAACAGAUUCUUGUUCCAGUGAUGUACACAUGCAGCAUUCUCUCUUGUGUUCUCUUGGACCUCUGUGUAUACAGUGGAAGAGGACAGUUAGUGGCAUUUAUUAUUGUGAGAGAUGUCUUUUUGACCUCUUGGAAACCUUACCAUUGUUGAAAGCAAAACUGUGUUUACUAUGUAGUUAAUAGUUUACCAAGCAGUAGCACCUUGAAUUCCAUGCUGAAAUUGUCUGGCUUUCUUAAUAUCAAAAUAAAAUUGAAAGGUAGGAUGGGAAAAGAAAAGAAGGGGUUGGGGGUUCUCUGUUCUUUUAUUUGAAAACAGCCUUUACACAGAAGAGUAUGGAUUGUCUUUUCUGGGUGGGUAAUUUGUGUGCACACCUUAGAAGAAAAAAGUCAGGAAUGUCAACAGAUGAGCUCAUCAGCCGGAGCUUUGCAAGUUUAUAAGAACCCACCUCAGCUUCUCAAAUACACAGCCAGAACCACAUAAAUAAAUGGCAGAGUUACUGGGAAACGUCUCCUUUUCAUGGUUAGGCUGGGGAAGUCUGUCUUUGGUUUACAUGGCAGUGGUAGUGUAAGGUCUCUCUUCUGUUUGCUGAGACACAGGGGAGGAAGUGUGGGAGAAGCCUGCGGGUAGAUGGCCCUCGGUUGCUCACUGAUGAAUAGUAUAAUGUAGAAUGAAUAUAAUAUAAUGUAGAAUGAAUAGUAUAAAGUCAGAUGGAAAUUCUUAGUAGCCUGAGUCCAAGCUCGUCCAAGAAUAGCUUGUUAGUGCAUUAUGGCACUUCACUCUGACCCUCUUACUCUGGGGCGGUUUCGCCUAAGACAGUUCUGAAUUUCCCAGAUGCCUUUCUGUUGUAGCUUCUGUUUCCCUUUUGAAUGACUGAAUUAAGAUGCCAUUAAUUCAUACAGUAAAGGAAUUGGCUUUUUCUUUU